AUGUUUAAACCCUCCCCCCAGCUGUGCGCCCGUCUCCGGUUCACCACCAAAGAUGUCGGGCGUGGAUUCUAUCGAGGAAACCGAACCGGCUCGAUGGGUUCGCACACCGAAUUCGGCGGCUAUGUCGUUGACUGGCGGAAGACACCGCAUUACAAUGCACCCAGCGCCCAAGACUUCUCGCUUACACCCUUUGUGACUCUGGAGAUGGAACGUACGACUCGAGUCCAAGAUCGUCCCGAUGGAACGACAUACACACCGGAGAAAGUGGACGGCGUGGAAUUCCUGAGACAAUGGGCCCGGCUUAAUCCUCCCGAGUACGAAACGGUUGUCGACCAUCAAACGGCCGAAAGAGAGGCUCAACUAGAAUGGUCCACGAUCCCGCAAGAGCAGAGAGCGCGCUUAGAAGCCGAGCAAGAAGAGCAGAGGCGUCAAGAGAUCGCCGCGGAUGAGGCGAGACAGUUGGAAAUAGUGAUGGAGAACGCACAACGGCGGAAAGUCCAGGAGGAAGAAGAUCGGCGGUUGCAAGCUGAAGCUAAGAGAGAAAGGCAGCUCCAGGCCCAACAAGAGCAGCUAAGGCUACAGGCUGAAGAGGAGGAACGUCGGACACAGGCCGAAGAAGAGAGAAGGAACCGUCUGGCUGCUAACCAGAGGCUGCGCAGCGAAUUGAAACGGAUACGAGACUCCGCACGCGAGGAGGCCGAGCGUACCUUGACGGCGGAAGGUCGGCGACGGAAAGACGAAGGCUUGCCACCGAUGAAGAAGGCCCUGAGGAGAAUGAUCAGGGCGCAGUUGUUUGUUACCAUGGUGCGACAGGCGGGCUUGGAGGUCGAGCUUCGAUCAAGGUCGGACGAGGAGCAGCGGCAGCUACUGGCCAGGGAAGAGAUUGAGGCACUGAACACAACUGCCGAAUCUUCUCUCGCCCGGGAAGCGCGGAAACUGGCUCAUUGA